GAGAAUGUCCAGGAUGUGCUGCCCGCCCUGCCGAAUCCAGAUGACUAUUUCCUCCUGCGCUGGCUCCGAGCAAGAAGCUUUGACCUGCAAAAGUCAGAGGCCAUGCUCCGGAAGCACGCGGAGUUCCGAAAGCAAAAGCACAUUGACAACAUCAUCAGCUGGCAGCCUCCAGAGGUGAUCCAGCAGUAUCUGUCAGGGGGCAUGUGUGGCUAUGACCUAGAUGGCUGCCCAGUCUGGUACGAUAUUAUUGGACCUCUGGAUGCCAAGGGGCUGCUGUUCUCAGCCACCAAACAGGACCUGCUCAGGACCAAGAUGCGGGACUGUGAGCUGCUUCUGCAGGAGUGUGGCCGACAAACAACAAAGGUGGGGAAGAAGAUAGAGACCAUCACCAUGAUUUAUGACUGCGAGGGGCUUGGCCUCAAGCAUCUCUGGAAGCCUGCUGUGGAGGCCUAUGGAGAGUUUCUCUCCAUGUUUGAGGAAAAUUAUCCUGAAACACUGAAGCAUCUUUUUGUUGUUAAAGCCCCCAAGCUGUUUCCUGUGGCCUAUAACCUCAUCAAACCCUUCCUGAGUGAGGACACUCGUAAGAAGAUCAUGGUCCUGGGAGCAAACUGGAAGGAGGUUUUACUGAAACAUAUUAGCCCUGACCAGCUGCCUGUGGAAUAUGGGGGUACCAUGACUGACCCUGAUGGAAACCCCAAGUGCAAAUCCAAGAUCAACUACGGGGGUGACAUCCCCAAGAAGUACUAUGUGCGAGACCAGGUGAAACAGCAGUACGAACACAGUGUGCAGAUUGCCCGUGGCUCCUCUCACCAAGUGGAGUAUGAGAUCCUCUUCCCUGGCUGUGUCCUCAGGUGGCAGUUUGCAUCGGAUGGGGCAGACAUCGGCUUUGGGAUUUUCCUGAAGACCAAGAUGGGGGAGCGGCAGCGGGCAGGGGAGAUGACAGAAGUGUUGUCCAACCAGAGGUACAAUGCCCACAUGGUGCCAGAGGAUGGGACUCUCACCUGCAGCGAUCCUGGCAUCUAUGUCCUGCGGUUUGACAACACCUACAGCUUCAUUCAUGCCAAGAAGGUCAGUUUCACUGUGGAGGUCCUGCUUCCAGACAAAGCCUCAGAAGAAAAGAUGAAACAACUGGGGGCAGUCACCCCAAAGUAAUGCCUACUCCCACAGCAGGCCUGGCCCCCUCAGUGUCUCCCUGUCAGUUUCCACCCCUUGUGGCAGUCAUUUUCUUAGCACCCUGCAGCCCAAAGAAACUGGGCUGAAGGAAAGACUCCUGGCUGGAUCUGGGGAGCCUUCAUCUCAGGGAGAGAAAGGGUGGUUGGAGUGGAUCUCCUUGCUUCUGAAAUUACUAAGGAGUCCCAGGGGCUGGGCACCAUGAUAGGAUCUAUUGAUCUUGUAAGCUGUGCCAACUUCACCUGUCCAGUGACAGCUAAGACAGGGAGGGGGGGACCUUGGGGUGACAGCAGGGAAGAAAUUAGAAAAAGGGGAGAGAGACUGAGACCUAAUGUUUCAGGGAAGCCAGCUGUAGGGGAGGAACUUGCCCCCACAUGAACAUGUAAGUCUAGAUCAUAAUGGGGAGUAGCAAGGUAGCCAGUUGCUAGAAUUACGGUGGGGAUCAGAGCUUUCCAGACUUUCCAUCACUGAGGCCAGGGGAGCUUUGGGCUUUUCCCAGGUCUUGGGAGGUGGCCUGAGUCAGCAUAGAUUUUCCCACUCAGGGGUAGAUAAGCAGGCCUCUCCCUCACCCUGAAAACUUCAGCAACUCCUGGGUGCCACUGGCUGCCUCUGUAAUUACUAGUGAUUGUCAGUGACUCUACUUCCUGGGAGAGUGAGCUUGGGUACCCAGCCACUGUCCUCCAACGCAAACAAAGCACAAGGGAAAUUACCUCCAGGAAUCCCAGCCCAGUGAAAAGCCAGGGAGGCUGGGGCGGGAGUGAGCCCUGGGCCUUCCAUUUCCCUUUCACUGCCGCUGGCCUCUCACGGAGUAACCCUCCUUCUGAGCACCCCAGACAAAAAUGACACUUA